UGAUUUUGGACACAUAUAACGCGAGGAUAGCUGUAGUUUUUAAAUAUCGACCAACGUACUUAAUAUUAGUUAUAUACAUAUGGACUGCUGUGGUGGCGAAGUACGCAGCGAAAGCAUCUACAAUAUGCUGCAGGCCUUAGUCGACUCGAAAGUAAUCAACGUCCAGUUGUUUACCAUCGCUGUGGGCAUAUUCUUUGUUGUGCUGUUGCUGAAAAAUAAUUUUAGAAGCUUCUCGGGCACAUAAGAAAAAGAUACACCAAAGUGCCACUGCCGAACUUAGUCGCUAAUUAAUGUAAUAAUGUAAUGUACACAAUUUAGCUAAGCAUUAAUAAUAAUAAUUGAACAGAAAAUGUAAAA